CAAAGUUCGGAGUAUACUAACAGUACGAGGAGUGAACACAAGCGCCCUACUCCUCCUGCCAGGAAAUCAUGGUCAUUGCCAAUCAUUCAACAAACUCUACGUAUCAAGAACUUAUUUGCAAAUUACAGAAGAAUCUACAGUCCCCGAAAAUUGAGACAAAAAAUGGCAGAGCAACAAUUAGACUUAAAGGCAACUACUUCCAAGGGUAUACUUAUGAGUAUGGUUGGUUUAAAUGCUGCAGCCACGUCGUAUAAUGUUGAUUGGAAGAAGGAGAGAAUCAGUUUAAGAAAUUUUGAUAGGUUCUAUACUGAUAUCGAAUUUAUGCGAAAUUUAUGCUUCAAUACUUUGUGUCCGAAAUGUUUAAAAAAGAAUAUGCAGUAUUGCUACUGUGGAAUAGGAAAUGAAAAAAUAGAAAAUGAAAAAUGUCUGUCACUUGGUAAUGGAGAGUUCAGUCGAAUAAAUUUCUCAAAGUCCUUGUAUUUAGAAUCAGAAAUGGAAGAUGGCAUUGCUAUGAUCCAAAUGAAUGAGGAGUCCUUAUGGGAACCAUAUUUAUGUAAGGGCGGUAUAUCUAUUUGGAGAAAAGAAGAAAGAGAAAAUAAAUACAUUUAUAAGAUUUAUUCCAGUUUUAGCGAUAUAUCCGCAAUUGAUCUCUUUCAUGUACAAACUGAUCUUGAAUAUAGAAAAGAAUGGGACAACACUGUUGUUAAAUUGAAAGUUAUUGAAGAGGAUCCCGAAGAACAUACUUCUAAUCUUAUAUACUGGGAGAUGGGGUGGCCACGAUUCUUUUCCAAUCGUGAUUAUGUGUUUACUCGACGAUACUUUCAUGAUCCUCAUUCAAAUAUAAUGAUGAUAUGUAAUCGUAGCACUACAGAUCCUCGCCAUCCAGAAACAAAAAGUAUAGUACGUGUGAAUAACUAUUGGAGUCUUAUGAUACUGAUGCCUUUUAGAAGAUGCGACGAGCCGGGUGUUCAUUUCGUUUUAACAUACUUUGAUGAUCCUGUUGUUUCUCUACCUGAAAGGAUUAAGACUGCAAUAACAGAAAAGCAAGUACCGGAAUUUGUUAAUAAAAUGUAUGCUGCAACGAAGAUUUAUGCUGAGAAACGAGACUUAAAAGCAAAAAUGUUGGAUGACUUACAGGACCUUGAAAUGAAUCAUAUUCCAUUUUCUGCAAAUCCAACAAAAACUAAUUCAUUUUGGAGUUUUAAAAACUUAGAGAAGAAAUAAAACAAAAAUGAUAUACUUUGUCUUUAAGAAUAUGGGCUUUAAAGCUAACGAUAUUCAAACAAUACCAAUGUUCCGUAAAUUAAACAUUUAACUACGAAAACAAAAAUUUAUUAUUUAAACAGUUGGGUUAACGAAAUUUUUAAC